CUCCCCCCCUCCUGAUUGAUGCUUCUUGUCCGCCCUUGGAGUUUCUCUCUAUAUCCUGAGGGUCCUUCUGAAUCUCUUCCUCCUUGUUAAUCUUUCUCCACUUUCUCACUUUAUACAUAUUUUCCCGGGAAAGUAAAUACGAAAGUUAAUGAUGGUAGAUCUUCAAACAGUUUGCUGCUUGUGUGGUGAUAUUGGUUUCCCUGACAAGCUUUUCCGCUGCAACAGAUGCCACCAUCGCUUCCAGCACUCGUACUGCAGCAACUACUAUGGAGAACUCGCUGAGAUUGAACUGUGCGAUUGGUGCCAAACGGAAGAGAAGAACGUCGCAAGACACAGUGGUUCUUAUCAUCAUAGUAGAUCAUCGGUAGUGGCCGGAAACGACAUGGGAUCAAGUUCCAGGCGGUCUGAAUAUUCCAGUGAGAAGGUCAAGCAACAUCCUGAUCGUGACGAUCAGAGUAGUGGCGGCGGCAGCGGCUCCGAUAAGGGAAAAACCGCUACCAGCGGCGUUCCUUCGCCGCGUCCUGGCACACGCAGGUACAAGCUUCUGAAGGAUGUUAUGUGCUAGAGAUAGAAGGAAAAAGAAGAAGAAAAGUAAACAAAAGGGUCUAAGAUCAAGAAGAAAAUUAAGUCAGUAUAGUAGUGAUCGUGGAUCAGUUCAAUUCUCAAGCCUCAGAGAUUAUAGAAGAAGGUUGCAAAUAAUUAAUAGCGUGUUUUUGAGUGGAUUUUGUCAGUAAAAAUAAUUUCUAGUGUGAAUUAUAAACUAUAUAUGUGUAACUUUUAUGAUAGUGAACUCUUCCAUGGAUAAUCUAUGGCAUAAGUUUCAAGCU